GCUUCUAUAAAACAAACUGGGACGUGCUACGUUCACUUCUGGCAUUAAACAGAUCUAUGUAGUUGGCUUCCUAUAUAAAGAGAAGAGAGAAAGCGAGAGAGGCUGAGAGAUAGGAGGGUUUUGUGAUCAAACACCUGGAGACUGGCCUGUUUCUCUAAGAAAGCUCAGAAGAACUGAAGCAUUUGUGGGCUGACGGAAGACUCCUGGAAACGCGUGAGGAACAGAGACUGAACUGGGGGAUGUGCUGGACCCAGGCUAUAGGGAUUUCUAGCCUGUGAAUGGAACACCUGGGAUGUAAGCAAGUGCAGCUUGCCCCUUAAGAAUCAACUGACUGUUUGUAUCAUCUCUUAGGAUCGCUGGCCGUUCGCCUUGGGCCUCCGGCCGUCUGGAGCUCCUCCCCCUGCUCCCCCUCCCCUGCUGCCCAGCGCGCCACACGAUUUUCUGGUAAGACCAGCUGUACCAUUGCCAGGAGCUGCCAUGGCCGGAAAACUCUCCCGAGAGAAACUGGAAGAGCUGAAGGCUGCUUAUGAAACAGGAAAUCUCAAUGGCGUAGCAGCAAAACUGCAGGAGGAGCUGGAAUCAUUAGAAAAAAUCCCACUCGACAUCGCCAUCACAGGAGAGUCGGGCUCUGGAAAAUCAUCCUUCGUCAACGCCAUCCGGGGCCUGGGAGAUGAAGACGAAGGUGCUGCGAAGACUGGGGUGGUCGAAACAACAAAGGAUCCAAAGGCUUAUCCACACCCUGUACUCCCCAAUGUGACAGUAUGGGAUCUGCCGGGAAUUGGGACACCGAGUUUUCAGCCAGGCAGUUACCUCAAACAGGUAAAAUUCAGCCGCUAUGACUUCUUCAUCAUCAUUGCCUCAGAGCGCUUCACUUCCCACCACAUCACACUUGCCCAGGAGAUUCGCAAGAUGGGAAAGAGGUUUUACUACAUGCGCUCCAAAGUGGAUGCUGACUUGUACGCAGCUCAGACCCGCCGGCCCAGCACCUACGAUGAGGUGAGGAUCCUGCAGGAGAUCCGGGACAACUGCGUCAAGAACCUGAAGGAUGCAGGUGAGGUCUCCCCACAGGUUUUCCUGAUCUGCAGCUGGAACUGGGACAAGUAUGAUUUCCCGCUCUUGCAGGAGACAAUGGAGAAUGAGCUAGAUGCUCAGAAGAGACGUGCUUUCAUCCUGGGCCUGCCCAACAUCUCGACAAAGAUCCUGGAAAAGAAAAAGGCUGAACUGAAGAAACGUAUUUGGAAACUGGCCUUUGUGUCAUGUGCUAUUGCUGUUAUUCCUCUUCCAGGUCUCUCAUUUCCUUGUGAUGUAGCCAUUUUGAUGGCAAACAUGAAACUUUACCUCACUGCCUUUGGCUUGGAUGAUAAUUCCCUUACUAGACUCGCUAAGCAGGUUGGCAAGCCCGUUGCAGAACUGAAGUAUGUAAUUAAAACAGUUCCUAUGGCCAACUCAAUAUCAAAAGAGUGGGUAGUGAGUCUACUGUCUAAAUCUGCAUGUACUGCAGUGAUGAUCGCUGAAGACGUUUUAGAUUUUAUACCAAUCAUUGGUCCUUUGUUAUCUGGAGGAGUUUCCUUUGGAACCACCUAUUACAUGCUGAACAGCUUUCUGAAUGAUGCUGCCAAAGAUGCCCAAAACGUUCUGGCCAAAGCUCUGUCUUAAGCAAAAGGUAAAGAGUACAAAUAUCAGCAACAAAAGAUCCACAGCUACCACCCAGAACAAAGGCUGAAAUCCC